GCACACGACCCAGCCUUAUAAAGGGAGACGAUAGUUCAUGUGAACUCAAACGUCAAGUCAUCUGAAGCGACGAUAACUGGAACAGACCAGACAUCACACACAAGAUGCCGACAUACAAGCUCAAGUAUUUCCAAUCGAAAGGUCGCGCCGAGGUAUGCCGCCUCCUGUUCGCAUUGGCUGGUCAAGAGUACGAAGAUAUCCGCUACAGUCAAGAUGAAUGGAAAACGGAAAAAAGUAAGACGCCAUUUGGUCAGCUUCCAGUGUUGGAAAUUAAUGGAGAACCGUAUGGGCAGAGUUCAGGAAUAAUCGCCUUCUUGGCCCGAGAGUUCGGUAUUCAUGGAAAAACUAGCCUGGAGCAGCUGAAGGUGGACCAAGUGAUGGGCAUCAUACAAGACAUCUACACACACAUGCUGAAACACUUCUAUGAGAAGGAUCCAGCCAAACAGGCGGAGAUACUCAAGGAAAACAACAAAGAUCAUUAUCCAAAAUACCUGGUCGUCUGGGUCCUACGCUCGAGUCUGAUAAGCCUUACUGCACACCCCGAGUUACACAGAGGAGAAGAGCACACUGCACAGCGAGCAAGCAACAUGCCUUCUUACAAGCUGAUCUACACGAACAAUAAAGGGCGGGGUGAACUGUGCCGUCUGUUGUUUGCCUUGGCUGGACAGGAGUAUGAAGAUGUCAGAUGGACAAGGGAGACCUUACAGGCCGAAAAACACAAUCUUCUAUUCGGACAGAUCCCGGUGCUUGAGGUGGACGGCAAACAGUAUGCACAGAGUAUGGCCAUUGCGGGUUUCCUAGCGAGGGAGUUCGGAUUCCAUGGGAAGACCAGCGUUGAGCAGAUGGAGGUUGACCAAGUGAUCGGCAUCAUCAACGACAUCUUCAGUGCCCUCAUCAAACAAUUUCUCGAGCAGGAUCAAGAAAGGAAAGCUGCCAUAACAAAGGAAAACAAAGAGACAACUUUUCCAAAAGUCGUUGGCUUUUUUGAGAAGAUUUUAAAGAACAACUCUACAGGAUUUUAUGUGGGGGACAAGCUUGGAUUUGCAGAUCUCGCCGCCUUUGACACCCUUUCCAAACUGGAAGGAAUCAAUUUGGAUGAUUUUCCCUUGGUAAAAGCAAAUAAGGAGAAAGUGGAGUCCAAUGAAAGAAUUGCAAAAUGGCUACGAGAGCGACCGGACUCCGAAUUGUGAACAUGCCAAAAUGGCAGUCAGAUAUGCCCAAAA